GGACAGUAAACUUGAUUGGGCUAGUAAUGUCUUGAAGGAACUUAUUCCAGUCAAAAAUUGUAAGAUCUCACUACAUACGCGUUUGAGUCCAUAACAAAGGAACUCUCUCGUCCUUUGUACCAGCCAUUGUUAUCCUUCAAGAAAUGGCCAACAAAGUCUUGUUAUCAUCAGAAGAGAGUAUAAAUGUUGUAGCUUCGCUUUGAGCGUGAAUUAUGAACCGCAGUUUACCAGAAAUUCAUCAAGAUAUCUACAGAGGAAUUUGUGCAUCCCCCGCACUUCUUCAGGGCACUAAAGCUCAGCUACUUUAAUCCACGAUGGCGCGAACUCGUGCAUCAUCAUAUGCAAAUGAUGACCCAGUAACGUCAGGUUACCGUUAUCGUCCGUUGCCGUCUACGCCUCAGGUGAGUGAAAACUACAGAAACAAGCCAUUGCCAUUGCGACCUGGCGAAGGUCAAGUUCCAAGAACUGGAGAUUCUCCGUAUCCAGCGCCCCUCCACUUGCCGGGGAGGUCACACCAUCGUGCACCGUCGCAUCGACCCGAGGUCCGCCGAGCUCCAUUUGACUAUUCUUAUGUUGGCUUCGCCGAGCCGGUCCCUCGAUGGCCCGAUAAUCCGCGUCCUUAUGCUACUGAGCCAGUGUUUGUGGAAAGAUCCACCACUGCAGAUUAUGGUGGUGCUCGUCACACUUAUUAUGAAGGCCGCCCUUAUCCUGCCGUUUCGGCGCAGGCAUCUUGUAGCUAUCCAGAUCAAGGAUCCUCUUGCUACGACGAACAAGAUCAAGGAUCCUCUUGCUACAAUGAUGAUGAUGAAUGGAUUCAGGAAGUGCCUCGGCGAGCAAAUAGUGUAGGUGUGGCGAAGAGUGCACCGUCAGACUGUCUCUUAUGGGGAAGAUACGCGGGGGCGUGGGGUGAUUUACAAGACGAAUUUGCAAUGCUUCGUCUCAGUAACGAUACAUGGCAAAGGGCUAUGCAUGCGUUUGCAGGAAUACAUACUGACUAUAUCACAGUAGGAAAUUCUCAGCUUGUGACAACUCACUUCGCGACCCUUCGAAGUAUCCUUAAGCCGUAUUGGGGGGAAACGAAGACUGAGCGUUGGAUUAACUCGCUGGCGUCCUUGGCAAAUUCCCCUACUCUAUCAAUUUUCGAGUCAUCCGAUUCUGAUUAUGAUUCUGAGGUACAAAAAUCACGAGGAAAGAAUAUCGCCUGGGCUGUCGGAAGCGUCGGAAGCGCUGUAAGUGGCCUCAUUCGGAAAUUGAGCACUAGGUCUCGGCCAAAAGGUUCUCGUAGGCAAAGCCGAAAGAGAUCCACUGCUCCUUCCACGAGCUCAUAUUAUGGGUGAGGAACAAGAACUCCUUUUUGUUUUUAUCAGCAAAAUGACCAUGGUUGAUAGGUAUUGAGACAAGUGUUUCUUUACAUUUUCUGCGCUAGUCUAAUCGCAAUAAAGGCUCGGAAGUACCUUCUUUUGCUAGCCCUAGAUGUCCCACUCGCGCUCCGCUGAAACGUCAGGGUAGGUUGUCAUUAAAUACAGGAACAAUCAAUAGAUGUGUCUGAGGUGCCCAAAGAUAUGGACUUCAAUGCUUCUCAUGGAAUAACAGGUAGUUUAUCCUCGUAAAUACAAGCCGCUAUUGACC